AUGGUUCUCCUCCACCUUCACAACGACACCUGGUUCUUCUCCACCUUCACAGCGACACAUGGUUCUUCUCCACCUUCACAGCGACACAUGGUUCUCCUCCACCUUCACAGCGACACAUGGUUCUCCUCCACCUUCACAACAACACAUGGUUCUCCUCCACCUUCACAGCGACACAUGGUUCUCCUCCGCCUUCACAGCGACACAUGGUUCUCCUCCACCUUCUCAACAACACAUGGUUCUCCUCCACCUUCACAACAACACAUGGUUCUCCUCCACCUUCACAGCGACACAUGGUUAUCCUCCACCUUCACAGCAACACAUGGUUCUCCUCCGCCUUCUCAACGACACAUGGUUCUCCUACACCUUCACAGCAACACAUGGUUCUCCUCCGCCUUCACAGCGACACAUGGUUCUCCUCCACCUUCACAACGACACAUUGUUCUCCUCCACCUUCACAACAACACAUGGUUCUCCUCCACCUUCACAACGACACAUGGUUCUCCUCCACCUUCACAGCGACACAUGGUUCUCCUCCACCUUCUCAACGACACAUGGUUCUCCUUCGCCUUCACAGCGACACAUGCCGUGGACAGACUUGUGAUCGGUGUUGACCACGAGCGGCUGUUUUGUGGCGUGUUGUCGCGGUCAGAGGGAAAUACUGGGCUCUUCGUGCGGAUCGUUCCGGUGGCUUCCACGGGACCCGACUGCUUGUGUUUCAGCUGUGUCCUGACCCCGGGUGUGUGUGUGUGUCUCAGCUGUGUCCUGACCCUGGGUGUGUGUGUGUGUGUGUUUCAGCUGUGUCCUGACCCUGGGUGUGUGUGUGUGUGUGUGUUUCAGCUGUGUCCUGACCCCGGCUGUGUCCUGACCCUGGGUGUGUGUGUGUGUGUGUUUCAGCUGUGUCCUGACCCUGGGUGUGUGUGUGUGUGUGUGUCUCAGCUGUGUCCUGACCCUGGGUGUGUGAGUGUGUUUCAGCUGUGUCCUGACCCCGGGUGUGUGAGUGUGUUUCAGCUGUGUCCUGACCCUGGGUGUGGUGUGUGUGUGUGUCUCAGCUGUGUCCUGACCCUGGGUGUGUGUGUGUGUUUCAGCUGUGUCCUGACCCUGGGUGUGUGUGUGUGUGUCUCAGCUGUGUCCUGA